CAUUAACUGUCCUGUAUUGUUGGUUAGGACAAGCAACCAUGGCUGGCCAUGACUCAGGAUCUCAACACCAGUUCACUGGAUUUGCGAAGUACUUCAAUUCCUACACCAUCACGGGCAGGAGGAAUUAUGUAAUAGCAACAUACACGGGCAUUGCACUGAUCAUCUUGUAUUUCAAGCUUAGACCCAAAAACAAAACUCCUGCUGUGGCAGAUAAGUAAAUGGUUGCUGGCAUGUCUGAAUCUCUAAUCUCUAUCAGUGUAAUGCAAGCUGAUGACCUGUUGUGGCUAAUAAAAUUGAAAUGAUUAC